AUGCGGCAGAUGGCCAUGACUGAAACCCUGGUUGACGCUUCCGCUGGGCUGCAGAGCGCCUGCCAGUCCGAGAAGAAGAAAGAGACAAAGACUAAGAGCAAAUCCAAAGGCGAGGCGCAGAGUAAGACGACCAAGGCCGACCCGAAAGCUGACGUGGCAAAAGCAGAGACGAAAGCUGUCAAACUCACCAAGGAGCAAGCCAAAGAGGCGUUGAGCAAGGCAGUGGCUAUUCUCGACAAGCAGGAGAACAAGAAGAAGCUCAAGAAAGUUGUUGACGCCUGUGGGGACGACGCUGCCAAGAAGAUGGCCGCCCUCAUGCCCAUGGUGAAGGACUUGUUGGCCGAGCUGCUGGAAUCUUAUGGCUUCAGUGGUGACAGGAUUCUGCAGGCUGUCAUGCAGAUUGCGGGCCAUGCUGAAGGAGACAAGAAGAGACGUGGCUGCAAGUCUUUGCCGGUGGCUUUCAACAUGGGGAAUGCGCUGGUGGAGCUGGACGGUCGGCUGUUUCAAUGGAGCGACUCGGAGGAAGAGACAGAGACCGGGCUCCGCAGACGUCUUUUCGCGCAGCAAUACCUCAGCAGGCACUGCUGGAUCCGUCCAUCCCGGAAUGACGUGAAGGCCUCCCUCCUGGGAAGAAGUCAGAGGAUCAACGCGGAUGAGGUGCUUGAGGCUUUGCGGCGCAUUCCAACAAAGCAUUGGCGAAACUCUGGCAGAGCCAAUGUUCGGCCAGAGGGCAUUAACAUCAUAGACUCCAUUACGCUGGGGUUGGUUUCCUGCGCCAGCACUCAAGGCCGGCCGUUGCCGGCCAGAAGGACACGGCUCUACGAGAACCUGUGCAAGCUGCUGUUGCGCUUCUGGAAGCAACACAUCCAGGAGGAGCAGCGCCAGGGCAACAUCCCAGGCUGCCAGGGCUUGGUGUGCACCUCCAUCCAGAUGAACCGCAACUAUGCAGCUCGCGAGCACGUCGAUGGCAACAACUUAGGCCCUAGCUGGAUCAUUGCUCUGGGUGACUGGAGUGAGGGCGGCGAGCUCUUCGUCGAGGACCCUUGGGGUCGCGAGAGCCACAUGCUGAGCUGUGACAUCCCUGGGCAAGCACCUCAGCGGUUCCGCAAGGGUGAUGUUUGCCGCGGCACUUUCCUGGACGUGCAUAGGAGAUGGGCGCGCUUCGAUGGCCGGCGAAUGCAUUUCGUGCGACCAUUCCAAGGAGGAGAUCGAUUUUCCUUAGUGUUCUUUGCUGCCACCCGCCAUUCCGCAGCCCCGGCAGCCGCCAGAUCCUUCCUGAGCGUCCUGGGCUUCCCGCUGCCGGAGGGUAGAGAUCCAAGUAGCGAGUGCCGCUGCUCAACCUUCGGAUCUGCGCUGAAAGUGGACGAGCUGGGGCGAGCUGCGGGCUUGGAAGUUUGCUUUUCACAUCCGGUUCACAUCCUUCGCUCGCCAAAGCUUGACACCGUGGCUCAGCCAAGUGAAGGCGCGAAGUGGAAUUCCACGGCAGAGGGGAGGUGA